AUGGGAUCAGUGGAAGAGCGAAGGCUGCUGCACGAGGACCUGCGGCUGCUGCUGGAGACGAGCCUGCCGGCCAAGAGGAAGAAGGUCCUGCUGGGCGUCGGAGACCCCAAGAUCGGCGCCGCCAUCCAGGAGGAGCUGGGCUUCCCGUGCCAGACGGGUGGCGUGGUGGCCGAGCUCUUGCGGGGGAUCCGCCUGCACUUCCACAGCCUGAUCAAGGGCCUGACCGCCCAGGCCGCCUCCAAGGCCCAGCUGGGGCUCGGACAUAGCUACUCGCGGGCCAAGGUGAAGUUCAAUGUCAACCGGGUGGACAACAUGAUCAUCCAGUCCAUCAGCCUCCUGGACCAGCUGGACAAGGACAUCAACACCUUCUCUAUGCGGGUCAGAGAGUGGUACGGCUAUCACUUCCCGGAGCUGAUCAAGAUCGUGAGCGACAACUACACGUACUGCCGCUUGGCCAAGCUGAUUGGGAAUCGCAAGGAGCUGAGCGAGGAGAGCCUGGAAGGCUUGGAGGAGAUCGUCAUGGACAGCGCCAAGGCCCAGGCCAUCCUGGAUGCCUCCCGCUCCUCCAUGGGAAUGGACAUCUCACCCAUUGACCUCAUCAACAUCGAGAGCUUCUCCAGCCGGGUCAUCUCCCUCUCGGAGUAUCGCAAAGGUUUGCAGGAGUAUCUCCGCUCCAAAAUGAACCAGGUGGCUCCCAGUCUCUCGGCCUUAAUUGGGGAAGUGGUGGGGGCUCGCCUCAUCUCCCAUGCAGGCAGCUUGACCAACCUGGCCAAGUACCCGGCCUCCACGGUUCAGAUCCUGGGGGCAGAGAAGGCCCUCUUCAGGGCCCUGAAGACCCGGGGAAACACUCCCAAGUACGGCCUGAUAUUCCACUCCACCUUCAUCGGGCGAGCGGCGGCCAAGAACAAGGGGCGCAUCUCUCGCUACCUGGCCAACAAGUGCACCAUCGCAUCCCGCAUCGACUGCUUCUCAGAAGUCCCGACCGCCGUCUUUGGAGACAAGCUGCGGGAGCAGGUGGAGGAGCGGCUGGCCUUCUAUGAGACCGGGGAGGUCCCUCGCAAGAACCUGGAGGUCAUGAAGGAGGCCGUGGAGGAGGCUUCAGAGGCAGCAGCUGAGAUCAAGAGGAAGUUGCAGAAGAAGGAGAGGAAGAAGCUGAAGCAGGAGAAGAAACGCUUGCAGGCGUUGGCAGCGGCUGCAGAGACGCAAAACAACAACUCCUCCCCCCUCCUGGAGCCUCCAGAACAGGAGAACCAGGCAAAGGCCAAGAGGAAGAA